AUAAGGUACUUUCAAAACUUUCAUUUCGAGGAAAACAACCAGUACUAUCAACAAUUACUUUAAAAAAUAUAGGAAAGUCGUGAGCAUGAUUUAUGAUUCCUACUUCUAUUGAAAAUAACACACCGAGCAUUUUUAUAUGUCUGUCAAACUCAAAACAGCCUCUGUGCCUAAUUCCUUUGGAGACUUCCACUCAUCAAUAUACAGAAGUCAGUCUGCUCUGGAGCACCGAAACAAACCGAAGACUUCUUUCCUGGACCAAUCAGCAGUUACUGCAGGCAGUAAAAAGGCUCUUUAUGCAUGCAGUAGACACCAUGGCCAAUCACAUAAUUAUGCCAGAAAUCAAAAUACUCCAUACAGGCUUUCCCAGAACUCAUUCUCUCAAGUCCAGGAAAAUGCAGAUUAUGAAACUCGUGAAGCUAAUAUGCUUGUUCAGUCCAUUUUGAAUACUGAGCAGGUUUUUAUUAAGGAGCUGGAUGGCUAUCUGAAUUAUAUAGAAGGUCGUGAAUUAAGGAAGAAAGAACUUCUUCACAAGGCAUGGACAGUGGGUGUUUCAGAACCUGUUCAGGAUAAAUUACAAAAACAUGUAAAAAUUCACUGUCCCAGUAAAGCUGAGGAAAAUAAAAAGCUGUUCUUACAGUAUCUUGAUUACUGUAAUAAAAAGGGACAUGUCUUUUUGGAAGAUUAUGAUCCAUAUGAAUAUAAUCCAUUUCUCCUGCAUUUGAACCACCCAAAAUAUUUUAAGGUCCAAAUUCCAGUAUUAAAUGAUCCGCUGUUCAAGCAGAGUCAUGGAAGGAUGGAAGAAGAUGCAGCCAUCCUGCAUUGCAUAACAGGUGAAACUUACACCCACAAAAAACCUGAAGAAAUCCAGAGACCAAAUCUGCCAUUUGUAUCCCAAGGCCGCCAUUGUGUAAACAGCACAAAGUGGAUUCAAAUGCCACAGGGGGACACUGAUAGUGAUUUUAGAAGCAAAAGCAGCCAAAGAAUUAAAGGAAUAACCAACAGUGGUUUACUGAACGUGUGGGAAACGACAGUUCAUCCAGCAUCGCUGUUUGAAGAAGAAAUGCAGGUCUGCAAAAAAAGGAAAUGUCCAAACAAACAGGCAACUGUUGAAGAUAUUCAGUGUAAAGGCACAACUAGGACUGUGAACUCAGCAAGUUAACACUUUGAAGAGAAAGGACCUACCUUAACUGAGGUGUAUUUGUCACACAUACUCCUCUGUGUCACCGUCAUUCUGGACUUAUUUAUGCAUCCAGUGACUACUAAAGGUAUUAAAGAGCAAAAUACAAAGUUAAAUACUGCAGUUUCAGAGGGAAAAGUCACAAAUCUGACCACAGGAGCCUAAUGAACAUAAACAGGACUUUAGUCCACUUUUCAUUUCUCUGUAAAUAGUUGAAUCAAGAAACCCACCAUCUACUAUAGGUCUACUUUAAAAUGUUGAACUGUAUUUAUUGACAUUUGUAUUUAAGACAACUUGCCAAAAGCAUUAACAGGCGCACUGAGCCACUAUACCAGCAUUUGUAUCGCUUUGUACAUUUUUUGUUUCUUGCAUGAAUUUAAACCAAGCUGUACUUUGAUGUUCGUCUAAGGCAUGGAUGAUAAAAGUAAUCUGAUUAAAGACACAAUUGCA